GAUUUCCAGGGCCCAAAGCGCUUGAGCAAUGGACAACCCUCAACGCCAGGCAGUGUCGACGACUCUACAGUACUGACCUAUAUAGCGCCAGCUCGCAACAAUGUCGGCAGCAGGCUCUCGACCCACGCGCAGGGCUGCUGCAAGUCGUCGCAAGGCACCGGUCGUUGAGUCUGAUGAAGAGGAGGUUCAGGUCAAGGAAGACGACAACGAUGGUGAGGAAGAAUUUACACCGGCGCCAAAGACAUCAAGGAGGGCGAAUCGACGCCAGACUGCAUCUGUCUCCGCUACUCCUCAACCUGCAGCGCGCUCACGACGAACACGAGCGACGGAGUCAAUAGAGCCCCCGCAAGUGUUUGAACCCGAAAAUGAGGCACCCAUACCCGCAUCGCCGUCCAAGCGGCGCACGUCGCCUACAAAGAAGCCUACGUCGCGCAAGCGCAAGAUUCCAGACGAUGAAGAAGCCGCCAACGAGUCCACAGUACUGCCAACACCAUCUACCUCCAAGUCCCCAGAAAAUGUUCAAAGUACAGGCGCAUUAGCGGACAUCACCGAAACCGCUCUCAAUGAGCAGGGAUCAGAAUCUGUGGAAGAGCCGGAAGCCAUGGAUGUCGAGGGCAAUAACCAAGAUGAUGCUCCGCCUCCAGCAGGGGACCUACAUACUCCUAAGAUUGAACCGACCACCCAGGAAUCUGCUCGUCCGUCAACAGCAGGGUCUCAAGAAACAGUGACCCAGGAGGCGGUCCGCCCAUCAACAGCAGGAUCACAACCUGCAGACAUGGGAACACCAAUGGAGAUUGUCGCGAAGAGACGUGCGGCGGCCAUAGUACCUAAGAUUGAAGAGCCGACCGGUCCGCAGGCGCGAUUGGUCAUUACAUAUCUUGUUCUCACUAAUUUCAAAAGCUACGCUGGUCGACAAGAAGUAGGACCAUUUCAUGCGUCGUUUUCGUCAGUAGUCGGCCCAAAUGGCUCAGGAAAAUCAAAUGUCAUUGAUUCACUACUUUUUGUGUUUGGCUUCAGAGCCAGUAAAAUGCGCCAAGGAAAGAUAUCGGCUCUCAUCCACAAUUCUGCUCGGCAUCCGGAUCUAGACUACUGCGAAGUGGAGGUGUAUUUUCAACAGGUCAUGGACCAGCCAGGUGGUGGCAGCGAUGUGAUACCAGAUACUCAGCUGGUAGUCGCUCGCCGGGCCUUCAAAAACAACUCUAGCAAGUAUUACAUCAAUGGGAAGGAGUCCACGUUCACGGUAGUCACAACUAUGUUGAAAGACCAGGGCAUCGACCUGGAUCAUAAGCGAUUUCUCAUUCUACAGGGCGAGGUCGAGUCGAUCGCGCAAAUGAAAGCGAAAGCUGCAACAGAGCACGACGAUGGUCUACUUGAAUAUCUCGAAGAUAUUAUCGGCACAUCUAAAUACAAGGCCCCGAUCGAAGAGGCAGCUGUAGAGACGGAGGCCCUGAAUGAGGUGUGUAUGGAGAAGAGCAGCCGCGUUCAGCAUGUGGAAAAGGAAAAGAAUGGCCUGGAAGACAAGAAGAACAAAGCUUUGGCUUAUAUUCGUGAGGAAAACGAAUUGGCAACAAAGCAAUCCGCGCUCUAUCAAAUCUAUAUCGAGGAAUGUAGUGAUACCAUUCAAGCCAACCAAGAAGCCGUCGCUCAGAUGAAAGCUUCUCUCGACGAAGAACUUAGGAAGCAUGACGGCAGUGAAGAGAUCAUCAAGGAUCUUGAGAAGCAGUACAAAGCUGGCAAAAAGGAGCUCGAGAGGCUUGAAAAGGAUACGGCGGCAGUAAGAGAAAAGGCUGCCAAACUUGACAAAGAGACGGUUAAGUUCGAGACGAAGAAGAAGUUCCUUGCUGGUAAGCAGAAGAAGCUUGAGACUGAAUUGGAGAAAAGCCGUUUCGCUAUCUCGGCGUCUGAGACAACGAUCAAGAAUUCAUCCGACGAUGUUGAACGUAAUGGUGCUGAGAUUGAAGAGCUAGAACUGAAGUUGAAAGUCGAAGACAAGGAGCUCUCUGCCAUUCAAGAGUCUAUGAAGGGCAAGACGCAAGGCCUAUCGGACGCGAUGGCCGCGAAACAACACUCGCUUGAGCCUUGGAAGGCGAAAGUCAACGAGAAACAAUCGGGUAUAGCUGUGGCUCAAAGUGAAUUGGAGCUCCUGCAACAAAAGGGCAACGCAGGAGCAGUCGCCAUUGCUGAAGUCGAGAGUAAGAUCGUUGGCUUCGAAGAAACCAAAGCGGCUAAAAUUACUGAGCUCGAUGAAUGUAAAACACAGAAGAGCAGGGUUGAGAAGGAAGCCAAGAAGAUUGAGAUCGAUCUUGACAACAUCUCGAAGAAGGAGCCGACACUGAAGUCCAAGCUUUCGAACGCUCGGCAAAAAGCAGACGAAGCUCGAUCAAGUUUCUCCGCGACUCAAAGCCAAGGAAACGUGCUUAGUGGCCUCAUGCGCCUGAAAGACUCUGGUCGUAUCAAUGGUUUUCAUGGUAGACUUGGGAAUCUUGGUGCCAUUGAUCAGAAGUACGAUGUUGCUAUCUCCACAGCAUGUCCUUCUUUGGACAACCUCGUUGUGGACAGCGUUGAGGUGGGUCAACAAUGUAUCGAGUAUCUUCGGAAGAACAACCUGGGCCGCGCAAAUUUCAUCCUCCUAGACAGGCUUGCAAAACGAGACCUCUCUGAAAUCCAGACGCCUGAAGACGUACCUCGCCUUUUCGACCUGGUCAAAUCCAAGGAUGCCAAGUUCAGUCCUGCAUUCUAUAGUGUGCUUCAAAACACCCUGGUGGCCGACGAUCUCGCACAGGCAAAUCGCAUUGCAUAUGGAGCGCAGCGAUGGAGAGUAGUGACGCUUGAUGGCCAGCUAAUUGACAAGUCUGGUACCAUGAGCGGCGGUGGUACUCGUGUCGCCAAAGGUGGAAUGUCUUCAAAACUCGCCGCUGAUGUCACCAAGGAACAAGUGUCAAAGCUCGAAGUUGACAGAGAAACUGUUGAGCAAGAAUACCAGGCCUUGCAAGAGCAACAGCGGUCUUUUGAGGUCUCCCUCAGAGAUAUGCAGGACCAAGUCCCUCAGCUUGAGACCAAAGCGCAGAAACUGGAACUCGAAAUUGAAAGCUGUGAUCGAAACAUUGCUGAUGCUCAACGCCGUAUCAAAGAACUAGCGGCCGAGCAACAGACGUCCAAAUCUGACAAGUCUCGCAUGUCCACACUGGAGAAGAGCAUCGCCACAAUGGAGGUAGAGAUUACCAAGCUUCAUGCCGAGACCGCUGGUGUCGAGGAGGAGAUACAGGUGCUCCGUGACAAGAUCGAUCAAAUUGGUGGUGUGCAGUAUCGCAGUCAGAAAGCCAAGGUUACCAUGCUGCGGGAACAAAUAUCGACCUUGGAAAGCAACAUGUCGGACGCUGAAAUCAGCAAGUCACAAGCGCAGAAGCAGAAAACAAGGCAUGAGAAAGAACAUGCUAAAGCAGAAUCAGAUCUUGGGAAUCUUGCGGUGGAGCAAGAGAAACUCGAGACAGCCAUGGAGGCCCAGGGCAGAGAUGCCGCAGGCACUAAACAGGCUGCCGAGGAAGCCGACGAGGUACUUGAUGCGAAGAAAGGAGAGCUAGAGACGUUCAAGAAAGAGCUUGAGGAGAAGACUGCCGAGUUGAACGAGACGAGAGGAGUCGAGAUCGAGAUGAGAAAUAAGCUGGAAGAAAGUCAAAAGUCUCUUGCGGAUACGGAACGCAAACUACGCCAUUGGCAAGAUAAGCUCAGCAAAGUUGUUCUUCACAGCAUCAGCGAUCUCGGCGAAGAAGGAGAAGCUGAAACGAUCCCUACAUACACCCGAGACGAACUCCAAGACAUGGACAAGAACACUCUCAAGGACGAGAUUGCCGCUCUCGAAGAAAGCACGUCCAAUGCCUCCGUCGACAUCUCCGUGCUCUCGGAGUAUCGCCGCCGCGUAGAAGAGCACGCCUCCCGCAGUAGCGACCUCGCCACGGCCAUUGCCUCGCGCGACGCCGUCAAGGCACGCUACAACACGCUCCGCCAAUGCCGACACGACGAGUUCGAUGCCGGCUUCCGCAUCAUCACACUGCGCCUCAAGGACAUGUACCAGAUGAUCACGAUGGGCGGCAACGCGGAGCUCACAUACGUCGAUUCCCUCGACCCGUUCGCCGAGGGCAUCGAGUUCAGCGUCAUGCCGCCCAAGAAGAGCUGGAAGAACAUCAGCAACCUGUCGGGUGGCGAGAAGACGCUGAGUAGUCUGGCGCUGGUGUUUGCGCUGCAUCACUACAAGCCUACGCCGUUGUAUGUCAUGGAUGAGAUUGAUGCGGCGUUGGAUUUCCGGAAUGUGAGCAUUAUUGCGGCGUAUAUCAAGGAAAGGACGAAGAAUGCGCAGUUUAUUGUUAUUAGUUUGAGGAAUAAUAUGUUCGAGCUUGCAUCUAGGUUGGUGGGCGUUUACAAGGUCAAUCAUAUGACGAAGAGCGUCACGGUCGAGAACAGGAACUAUAUGGUCGGUCGGGCAUAAAGGGUGUGAUUAGGUGGGUGGGUGCUAUCCGGAGUCAGACACCCAACGGCGUUGUUGACGACUGCGGCACGGGACACGAUAUGUGAUUUUGUUUUGAAUACGCAGCGACUUCCCGACGUUCCCGUCCCGGGCUAUGAAAUUUUACAUACAAAAUAGCAGAACCUCCACGAGAUUCAUGCAUCUAUUCUCUCCCAGAAAUCUCAGCCGCAUACCACGCUAUUCAUAUCACACAUACACACAUACACACAUACACAUACAUAUACACAUAUACAACA